ACGGAGGGAGUAUAUCUUUGUGGGUCAUAUGAAAUUUGAAUUAUUUUAAUUAUUGAUGCAAAUGGCUCUUGCUAUAUAAAUGAGGCUAUUAUCCAAGCAUUAUUAUCCAAGAGAUAACAUUGCAUUACAUACAUUAUUUGAAAGUUGUUUAUGAAAACUCAACUUUCGUAAAAUUAAAAAUGUCAACUCAAACACCUCGUCCUGUUGCUAACUUUCAUCCAUGUCAUUGGGGUGAUCACUUUCUUAAUAUCACAAACCCUCAUCAUGACGAGGCAGUCCAAGUUGAAAAGGAGCAAGAAUAACCCUCUUGAGCUGCUGAAUUUCAUCGACGUAAUCGAACGUCUUGGAUUGGCAUAUCACUUUGAACAUGAGAUUGAGGAUGCUUUAAAGCAAGUUUACGAGAGCUAUGAAGAGCAAUGUGCCAAAGAUGAUCUCUACCAUGUUUCGACUCGAUUUCGUAUCCUCAGGCAACAUGGUUUCUUUGUGCCUUGUGUUUGAGCAAAAGAGGAAGCAUGUCGCAUCAGCUGUGCAAUGCUUGAUGGAGAAACAUGCAUUGUCUGAGGAGGAAGCAAAUGAGAAGCUAAAAGAACAAGUCGAGGAUGCUUGGAAAGAUAUAAAUCAAGCAAUGCUCCAACUUCAUGUGAUUCCAAAACCUUUACUUAUGCGGAUUCUCAACUUCGCUCGUUCGGCUAAUGUUAUAUACAAGGACGAUGCUGAUGGUUACACACAUGUUAACCAAACUCUUAAGGACAAAGUUGCAUCUGUUCUUGCUCAUCCAAUUCCCUUGUAAUAUUAUUUCUAUUUGAGGACAAAGUUUCCUUAAAUUAUUUUCUCUUGUAAGCAAGCUAAGUAUGUGGUUUGUGACUGUGUCCUUUGUUUUUACGUUUGAGUUGGUGUCUUGAGGCAUGGGAAAAAUGCCUCAUGAAUAAUGUUAUAUAAUGUGACUAUGUGACAAUGUAUGAGCCCAAGUUUGUUUGUUUCCUCAUUGUAUAUAAAAAUAA